AUGAAACUAGCGCAUACCAUCUUCACACCCAUCCAAGAACUGAAGCACCAACAGGGUGCAAAAAAAGUUCAUUCAUAGGAAGAAAUACACCAUGAUACAUUCUAAGAGGCUAGUUCAACUGGUAAAGAAGUGGCAACAUAUGGCAGCCCUUGGGAGAAGGAGGCUGACGACGAUGGGAGCAAUCAAAUAUGGCAACCUACACUGUGCAUCAGCCAUAGUGGACAAGGGCCACUGCGUCGUCUACACAGCUGAUGGUAAGCGAUUUGAGGUCCCUUUGGUGUAUCUCAGUACAACAGUUUUUGGGGAGCUCCUAAGGAUGUCCGAGGAUGAGUUUGGGUUCACAAGUGAAGACAGGAUCACAGUGCCUUGUGAGGCAGUGGUGAUGGAGUACGUGAUGUGCUUGCUUAGGAGAAAGCCCUCGGAAGAGGUGGAAAGGGCAGUUCUUAGCUCUGUUGUAAUGCCAUGCAGCUACAAGAGUAGCAUGACCAUGGUUUCCAAGGGUCUUAGCCAGUCACUAUCUAUAUUUUAGCUAGUGAGACGUGCUUCCUGCAUGACGCGCACUUCUUUUUGGUUAUGUUCAUAUUAUGCAAUAUGUAAAAUAGCUGUACAUACCCCAGCAAACAAGUAUAGAAUUAGAAUUUUGAAGUUGGUUCUGUACUGUAGUAUUGGUAAGAUACAAUGAGGCUGUUGAAUUCACUCCACGAUUCAAGA